ACGGUUUCUGUGUCCAUUCCUGAGGAUGAUGAAUCAGCAGUGAAAACAUCCGGGAUUUGCGACUCACGGAGUUCUUUGGCGAACAUCACGUACACCUGGGGAAAGGAUGAUCAUUUUCAAUUCACUGUCACAUUCGAGAAGGGAAAAGCUGGAAGAAACGAAGUCUGGCGAGUGAAAGAAUUCGCACUAAAGUACGAUCGAAGUGACGCUGUGUUCAAUGGAACAACUUUCCUGGAUGGUGGUCAACCCCUGGUGGUGACGAACCCAAAGAAGCUGCAUUUCCAGGUGUCUCAUGAAAUGUCCUUGGCUUGUGAUUCGGACAAGAAAUUCGAUCUAUCUGGAAAAUCGAAAGACGACGGAUCAGUUGUUGCCAUUAUCCAUCACAUGAAGUUUCAUCCGUUCCUCGGAAUGUCCGGUGCAUUUGGAGAAGUUUACUGGUGCCGACCCGAGUUCGACGAACGUGUGCCAAUCGCUGUUGGCAGUGUGAUGGCCGUCAUGACUGUUAUCACCGUGGCUGGAUACGCGCUUUUCAGGAAAUUCCGACCAAAGAAAGCAGAUUACGACACCAUGGAGUAACCAAUGCGUUACAUAUUCGCUGUUCUUUCAGGUCGUGCGAAAGGUUGGGAUAUCCUGAAAUGUGCACAAACUCCUGCCCUGGCGUGCAUGCAGAGAUUUGCUGUGAAUGCGUGCUCGAGUAUAGAAAACAUGAAUUCCAGUACAUUCCAAGAAUUGUAAAUAUACACCGGGUGUUCAAUUUCGUGUGUUAUUUGGCGAGUUCUUGAUGAGGUUUGUGUUCAAAUUAUGGGCUCACUAUACCGGACAGCGAGAACAGUUACCGGAAACAGUUUAAAGUUUUAAAAUUGGCUUUAUUGACGGGAAGAGAAAAAUUUACCUCCGCUUUCUAAUUUGUUCUUUUUUUUUUAAAGUCAAUCACUGAUGGUGCUGAUGGGAUUUUAGAAACAUUACAAAUGUAAGCUUUGUGUUUGAGGCAACGCAUUCCAAGAAACGAAACGGUCAUCAAUUCCUUGUCUUCCAAACAAACAAAUCCUCUAUACGUUUUCGAAAUACAAAUUAUAUAAAGUGGCAAAGCAGAGAUAUUAGAUGUUGGGUCGAGACCAUUUCAAACUAGCUUAUGUUUUGUACUGCAUUUAUAUUUACGCUUUUCUCAUUUUCAAACGUCACGACAGCGCUGAUAUACCCAACAGAGGGCUUUCGUUAAGGUACUUUAAACACAUGUGGAAAGUGUGCUUCAUCUAUCAGUAUUGCGGAUUCCUCAAAUCUUUAAAGAAUCACCCACCAGGGGGGGGGGGGAAUAUUUGAAUGCGUUCGGAAAUGAAGUGUGCUUGUGGUGUUGUUUGUUGGUGUUCAGAUUAUACAGCUGAUGAACAGGAA